AUGCCGCCCAAGGCGCAGUGGGACGCCUCGUCCUCCGAAGAGUCAUCGUCCGAAGAUGACGUGCCGCAGCCUGUGGUAGCCCCCGUCCGCCGAAAGUUUGACGACGAGGAAGAAAGUGAUGUAGCGGACAAUUGGGACGAGGAGCCUGAUAGCGAUGUGGAAAGAGAAAAGGCCAAGAAAGCUGUUGAGGCUAAGGCCAAAGCCGACGCGAUUGCUGCAGCCAACAAGAAGAGUAAGGCGCAGAGGAUAGAAGAGCACCGCGAAGCCGCACGACUACGACGCGAACAAGAAGACGAGGAGUCCUCGGAAGAGGAGGAUGAGGCUGCGAAGCGCGCUCGUCUCAAAGCGCAAGAAAAGCAAGGUGAUCUUCAUCACGCCCAAGACUUGUUUGGCGACGUUGAUUUGCGAAACAACAAGAAGGCUAGCAAUAAGGCCACUGUUGUGGCUGAUCCCAACACUGCUGGUCAAGCGAUAGACUUGUCGACACUGUCACUAUUCAAGCCAAGCACCAAGUCGCAGUUCGAUACACUCUCUGAGGCUCUUGUGCCACUCAUUCGAGCCUCGACCUCAAAACCCCACUUCGCUCUGUGGAUGCCUAACUUCGCCAAAAGUGUUUGCCAAGAUAUGAGCAGCACCGAUAUCAAGAAGGUCGCCUCCGCUCUAACGGCACUGAGCAACGAGAAGAUGAAGGAAGAGAAAGCAAAGGACAGUGGCAAGAAGUCUAAGGCCAAAGGCAAGACAACUCUUUCGGCAGACCGCAGUAUGGGCCGUGGCACGGCAGACACCACUGCUUACGACGAUGACGGGCUAGGUGACGAUGACUUUAUGUGA